CCUUUGUGUGGGCACCAGUCGCCGGCCGAGCCGCCGAGGAGGAGCAGCCGCCAUUUUGUGCGUGUCCGUGUGCGCACAGCCCCCCCCCACCCCCUCCUUCCCGCUCCGCGCUGGGACUAGGCUCGGCUCGGGCCUGAGGCCGCGGUGGCUGCGGAGGCCUCGGAACUGCCCCCCGGCCGGAGGAAGACGCCCGGGCGCGGCCCCGGCAUGGAGAACUCGCAGCUCUGCAAGCUGUUCAUCGGCGGCCUCAACGUGCAGACCACGGAGGCCGGGCUGCGGGAGCACUUCGCGGCCUACGGCACCCUCACCGACUGCGUGGUGGUGCUCAACCCGCAGACCAAGCGCUCGCGCUGCUUCGGCUUCGUCACCUACUCGGCCGUGGAGGAGGCCGACGCCGCCAUGGCCGCCUCCCCCCACGCCGUGGACGGCAACGCGGUGGAGCUGAAGCGCGCCGUGUCGCGGGAGGACUCGGCCAAGCCCGGCGCCCACGCCAAGGUGAAGAAGCUCUUCGUGGGCGGCCUCAAGGGGGACGUGGGCGAGGGGGACCUGGUGCAGCACUUCAGCCAGUUCGGCCCCGUGGAGAAGGCUGAGAUCAUCGCCGACAAGCAGAGCGGCAAGAAGCGCGGCUUCGGCUUCGUCUACUUCCAGAACCACGACGCGGCUGACAAGGCGGCCGUGGUCAAGUUCCACCCCAUCCAGGGCCACCGCGUGGAGGUCAAGAAGGCCGUGCCCAAGGAGGACAUUCAGGCGGGCGGCGGCGGCGGCGGGGGCUCGUCCCGGCCGUCAAGGGGUGGCCGGGGCGGCCGGGGCCGGGGCGGCGGUGGCGGCUCGGGCAACCGGGACCACAACGGGCUCUCCAAGGGCGGCGGCGGCUAUAACAGCUACGGAGGCUACGGCGGGGGAGGCGGCGGCGGCUACGGCUCCUACGGCGGCGGCGGCUCCUAUGGGGGCGGCGGCGACUACGGCAACGGGUACGGCGGGUUCGGCAGCUACAGCCAGCACCAGUCCUCCUACGGUCCCAUGAAGAGCGGCGGUGGCGGCGGCGGGGGUGGCAGCUGGGGGGGCCGCAGUAACAGUGGACCGUACAGAGGAGGCUACGGCGGGGGUGGCUACGGGGGCGGCUCCUUCUGAAGGGGGAGCGCCCGGCCCCGCUGUGGGGGCGGCCCGGGAGAGCCCUCCCUUUGUUACGGGGCAGCUCGGGAACGGCUUCUCCCCUCGCUCCUUGCCGGAGGGCAGCUCCUGCACCCCUCCCCUGCCGGGGGAGCAGCUCCUGAAUGCCCCCCGGGGGCCGCCUCCGCUGCCCGCGCCACUUCGCUCUCUCUGAAGAUGGACUGGGCCCCACACACACAUACUUUGUGUUACAGUCAUUGAUGGACUCUAUUUUUUUAUUAUUACUUGGACCUUGGUCGUUUUUAUACUAGCAACAAAAAUGGUUUUGUUUCUGUUCUUUUUUUUUUGUUUGUUUUUUUUCCUUCUUUUUGUUGUUUUGUUUCGUUUUUGUUUUGUUUUGUUUUUUUUCCUUUCAGGGGUGGGCAGCGGGGUGGGGAAGCGUCUUGCUGAUCUGGAGUAACAACCGGGGGAGGGGGUUGGGGCGGGGGUGGGGGGGGAGCUUUCUUUGUUGUUAAGGACUCGAUACCUGGCGACAUUUUUUUUCUACAAAAAUCGACUCAGAUCCCAUGACUGAAAUUUAACAUUUCUGUAAAGGAGGAGAAAAAAAAAAGAAAAUCGUUUUUACGUUUUUUAUUUUUUAAAUAAAUCAUUGUGUUCAUUGAC